CUUUCCUCCGGUUCCAAUGCCCACGGUCAGCUCUCUAAUGGAUCGCUUGACGAUGCGCACUCUUUCGUAGCCUGCGGUUUCACGGGCACUAAUGGUCUCCCCGCAAGCGCAAGCGUCCUCGACCUCGCCUUUGGCGCGAAUCACACACUAGCACUGCUCAGAUUCGGCGACGACGCUGAGGCGCACACCGAGCUUUGGGGGUGCGGAGAUGGGCGCGCUGGGCAGCUUGGGACUGUGGUUGAAGAUGCCAGUAUUACGUCCUUCAGGCCGCUGGCGAUCGAAUCGUCGGGGCGUCGCCCCCGUCUCAUCGCGGCGUGCUGGGAGACCUCUUACGUCGUGAUGUCUUCGUCAGGGCAGUCUGACGUGCUCAUUUCCAUGGGUGCGAACGACUUUGGUGAUCUCGGAAUCGGAGUGAAAAAUGGACCUGGCCAACGGCCCUCGCGUGAUCCUCACGUCGUCCCAUUCGGAUGCGUUCCUAGCGAAAUGCAGCAUGUAGACUGGAUAUCGACGGGGCCCCACCACGUCGUCGUGAAACUGCGCACUGCGGAUGAUGCCAGUGUCCUCGUCGGAUGGGGUGCGUCAAGACACGGCCAGCUUGGUCCGCAUGCCGAAUCCCCCUUCGCCACUUCACCCUCGAUCAUCCCCUCCCCCGCGAUCUCCCAAGCGGCGCUGGGCAACCAGCAUACACUGCUCGUCGACGAUCUCGGGCGCGUCUCCGGGCUAGGGUCGAACCGGAAACAGCAGCUCGAGAUCGGAGCGGGGUGCCAUGGCGUCGAUCCCGUCGCUCAUUGCACAUGGAACGGUUCGUACGUGGAAGCGGGCGAGCCUGGGAACCGGACCGUCCUUUCUGUGGGGAGCAAUCUGCACGGCCAACUGGGGAGACCGCCAGAUGGACCGCUGGGCGCUGUCCGAUUUCCCUUCGAGCGCGAUGGCCGUCGACUCCUCCAGGUCGCGGCUGGCAGCGAGCAUGUCCUGGCCCUGUUCCGUGGAGAGUGCACGGAGGUCUGGGGAUGGGGAUGGAACGAGCACGGGAAUCUUGGCAUCGGGACUACCCAGGACGCUCACAUUCCUACCCUGGUAUGGGCUGGCCCUGCAAGCACGGAUGUGAGGGUAUGGGCUGGACUGGGAACCAGUUGGAUAUUGGUUCGCUAAUUGGUGCUCUUUCUCCGUACUGAGAUACAGCAUCACAUACACAUCGGAGAAAGAUAAUAUCAGUACACGUAAGUAUCUGGGCAGGACGUUUCAUGUGUUGCGGCGGAACGGCAGGCGGGAAGCACUGUGGCUCCUUUUGGUGGUUUCGAGAGGAUCCGUGUGGCUCCGCUCGCUGGGCCGACCUGCUCUGCUGCUUGGGCGGGCCAGCUUCAUCAUCAUCCGCUUGAUGAGCGAGGGCUCCUUCGUCGGACUCUGUGGCUGCUGGGAGGCAUACAUCUGCAUCACCUCAGGCGAACGAUGCAUUGGUGGGGGAUAGGCCGACGUCGGCGAGGCGGCGACCUGUCCACCAGGGUGGUAAAUAUAUCCUUUCGGGACGCGCUCUCUGCCUUGGGCGGUCUGACCGAAGGAGUGGCUGCGCUGGUGCGUCUGGAGGGGAAUCGGGGCUUGGACUUGGGCAGAAUAAGAGCGAUGAUGUUGAGGGGGUGGCAUCGCCAGAUGCGGCGGAGGUCGAUGAUACCCAGGGCCAGGCAUAGGAUACUGGUUCUGUGCCAUCGGAGGCAUCCCCCGUUGCGCAUACCCAGUUGGGUGCAUGGGAGCAGGCUGAUGAUAUUGGCCGUAAAAGGCCGCAGGCGGAGUAAUAGCAUGCGGCUGAGCAGCGACAGGCAGCUGGUGCCAGGCUCUCGCCUCUUCCGCGCUCACUGGGUAGUGCUCCGGAGGGGCGGUCCGGGGUCUCGCAGGCCCGGAGUGGCUUCGGCGCGGGAGUGGAUGCGCCAUCGGUGGCGGAAUGUCGAUGCGGAGGGGAGGAUCGCGUCUGCGGGAUUUAUCACGCGACUUGGCGCUCCGUUCGGUCUCCUGCGAGUCGGUGCGCUUCCGGCUGCGUUCCUCCUCCCGCGACGCCCCGCGCCGCCCCCUCCGCUCUUCGUCAUCGCGCGAUCUAGUUCUGUGGUGGUGGUAGUGUUCUUCUCGUUCCGCAUCCCGUUCGUGCGACUUGUGGCGGGCGCGAUAGACGCCUUCCCCGCCGUCCCCACCACCGUCGUGGGAGUGUGUCCGGCGGUGGCGUCUCGCCCCCGGCUCGUCCGCGUCUUCCACCUCGCGGAGCACGCUCGGCGAUGGCGUGGGCGCGGCUUCGGGAUUGACGAGGUAUCGGCGCCGCCUGGGUACGCUCGAGGCCCAGUCCCCGAUCUCGGCCUGCUUCUGAGUAUACGCGGUGUACGCUUCCUCGCUAAAGUCAUAUUCUGUCAUCGAAUCCGAAGAUGCCGCAGGCCAGCGAGAAGCUCGGUGGGAAGUCACAGAAUCACGGGCCUGCCAGUGAGGAUUAGGGGGAAUAGUCUAUGCCGUGAAGUAUCAGCUCGGUUGAUGCAGGCUGCGGGGAAGAUAACAACGAGUUGGGUGGGCACAGGGUAGAAAGGACGUCGACAUAACUGUGGGCGCCACGAAAAAGGUUCAUGGUCACCACGUGUUUGUCCAAAUAUAUCCGCGGGACUGUUGCUGUGAUGAUAGGGGCUUACAGCCUGGUGGGCGGCGCUGCUCACUCAAGGUAGAACCAACAUCCAUUCAGAAACUUUACUGCUAGCAGAGAAUCUUGGGUCCUUCGACUCGCGCCUACAAAGAAACAAAUGAUGGCCCAGCCAUACAAAUGGCCAACCAUCUCUGGGUCUUCUGAAUGGGGCUGAAGGGAUUGUUCUUUUUUCUCCGUUUGUCUAGGACUGAUGGGCGUAAUAUUCAUAGGAUUGACAUCCAAGUUCAGACCCUUAGAUGAGCACAAAGAGCAGGCAUAGUUCACACUAUAUGAAUAAUCGGGGUAGUCGAAUUGAAUUCAUGAUUUACUACAUGCGUACAUAAAUUCCCCCUCAGCCGCAAGAACAGCUUCACA